AGACUAAUUUUGUGAGAGUGAGAUUAAGAAGAUACCCUGAAUAUGCUUCAUGCUUUACUAUAAGAAAGCCACAAUAAAGUUCACAAUCAAAGUUCUAACCGCUUGCUUUAAACAUUUUUACUUUUUACUUUUACUUCAAAUACUUAAGUACAUUAAAUAUCAGAAAAUUACUUUUGGUACUUAAGUACAGUAUAUAUCAGAUACUUUAAGACUUUUACUUAAGUACUAUUGUAAAAGGUAACUUUCACUUCUACCAAAGUAUUUUUCUAGUACGAUACUUUAUACAACACUGAUUUUUAGCAAUGAAACAAUAUAUUAACCAAGAAAGCUUUUGUUAACUAUAAACUGGUAACUAAACAGUAUGUUCUAUAUUGUGUCUUAAUAAAUGAGAGAUGUUUUUGGAGCAAUGGAAAAUGGUUGGGUUAAAAUUUUUUCUAGCCAUUUUGAUGUGGUAAGGGGUGUGAAAGUAUAAAAGUUAAGGUGAAAGUGCAUAUGUGCAUCAGUCGUCUGGAGCAGAGGCCGAUGGACACAUGGGGAAUUCAAAGUACAAGGAUCGUUUUGGAAGACGACUGAUGAUGAGAUACUGCUUAAUUGUUUUGCUCUCCUCAACAAUAGUCUGCUCUUCUGAUGUGGAUGUUGUUCAGGAGAAUAAUGUAACAAUAGUUCGAGCUGGAGUGGAUGUGAACCUUACUUGCACAUUUUCAAAUGUUCUGCAAUCAACAAAAGCAUGGUUUAAACAGACGGCUGAUGGAAAAUCUUUACAAAUUGUAUCUAUAUAUUUAAAUCAACAACCCAGUUGGAAUGAGGACUUUGAGAAGACAAAUCGUUUUAAUGUUAUUAAAGGAGACGAUCAUUUUAAUCUGACUAUUUUAAAGAUAAAGCCUUCAGACUCAGCAACGUAUUACUGUGUAGUCUCGUUAUAUCACGCAAUUGGAAUGGGUGCAGGAACCAGAUUACUUGUCAGGGAUGCAGCCAUAGGCAGAAACAUAACUCUUCAGCAGUCUUUGAUAGACACGCUUCAUCCAGGAGAUUCUGUGAGUUUGCAGUGCAGCAUCUUCACUGAGAGUUGUUCUGGAGAACACAGUGUCUACUGGUUCAGACAAAGCUCGGGUGAAUCUCAAGGAGUGCUUUACACCAAAGGAGAGAGAAAUGGUCAGUGUGAGAACAGCACAGAGACGCGAACACAGAGCUGUGUCUACAAUCUCUUCAAGAGCAACAUCAGUCUCUCUGAUGCUGGGAUUUACUACUGUGCUGUGGCCACAUGUGGAGAGAUACUGUUUGGAAAAGGAACUGAACUAAAUUUUAGAGAGAGCGGUUAUGUGAAUCCAACUCUUAUUGCUCUUGGAAUUUUAAACAUAUUUUUUUUGGCCCUUGUUGUUUUUCUGGGAAUAAAACUAUGCAUGGGUCAGAAUAAAGCACCCAAACCUCUGGAGAGUCUAAAUGAAGACACUAUGAAUUAUGCAUCCAUUAGUUUUGGUCAGAAACCUCUGAAUACUAGAAGAGCCAAAGCAAAGAUCAGUCAGGACCAGUCUCUGUACGCACGGGUCAGAUCACACCAGUGACAUUCAGAGCUUUAGAGGAAUAUUCGACUUCUACACUGUAGAAAUGUUUCCAUCAUUGUCUCAUAACAUUUUUGGCUGCAUACGUUUAACUUGUCAAAAUAAUUUCUGUCAAUUCUACUUAUCUUCAAAGUAUAGCCAAGGAUUUUUAGUGUAAUGAAUUAUCACUGCUGACACAAAUUUGAUUUUCAUUUGAAUUUGGCAGCAAUUGCAAAUAUACUGGGCAACUAUUUUCUAAAAGACAUUUGUAAUGUAUUAUAGUUGAAUCUAUAAUGCCUAUAAGGAUCAUGUUCAGGGUUUUUCCUAAAAGUUAAAAUAGAGUGUUUUGUUACCUCAGACAACAGUAACUAACAAUGUCAUUAAAAUAUGCAAGAUACAGGUGGUCAUUUUAAAUGUCUUUAAAUGUUAUUGUGCUAUUUAGACUUUAUACUGUAUAUUGUUAGAUGUAUGAAUUUGUUAGGCAUAGUAAGGUUUGUUAGAUUGUGUUAUUUUCUGGGCAACUUUGAAAAUGUAUGUUAUGGUAUGUUCCGUAACAUGUUCAAUAACAUAAUUUUGUGUAUGUUUGUUUCAUUUACAUCUUCUAAAUGAAUAAAUGUAUAUGUGCAUGUCAUGUGCAUUUAUU